CACAAGGAUUUGGAAGACUUGUUUGGAGUUUAAGGAUAAUCAAAUAUCAUGUGUUUCUUCUAGUUGUAUAACUCUUGUGAUUGUUUUUUGACGAUUUGUGUAAUGUGUAUUUCAUUUCAUUAACAUGGAAAGUUUGAGAAUAUGUUAAUUGACAUGUGUUAAGUAAACUAUUCCCAUAAACAUGUGAAUAUUUGUGUUCUUUAAAAAUAUAUGAAGCAUGUUUUAUACCGUUUCUGAGAGCGCUCAUAAACCGAAACGACCUGUAACCGGACCCGAAACCGAAUGGUCUGGGCCAAUAUUUGACCCAAAAUUGGUCAAACCAACAUGACCCGACCCAUAACCUAAAACCCCAACCCGAUCCGAUUGCCAGGUCUAGGACCUGGAAUGGGGAGACAAGUUGAAUAAAGAUCCACCAACUCUGCGUUUGAAGCUAGCACAAAUGGCACUCAGGAUAACCAAUACAAGGACAAAGUCGCUACUAAAGAAGAUCGAGGAACUAGAGUACGAAGCAUCGGAGGACUUUCAAGAGGUCAUACGUCAAAUUGGAUUCAGUCCACAUCCCAUGGAGCCAACAAUGAUGAAUGCAACUGGAUGGGACGAUGAAGGGACGUCAGAACUUGAUUGGCCAUCCAAUGAGGCAUGCUCUUCGAAUGGGAGUACCAUCUACCCCUUUGUUUUGCUUGGAUUAUGUGCUUUUAGAAUCUCCAUAAAUAUGAUGAGUGCUAGUAGCCAAGUCCUUAUUUUCUAAAUUUGAUUGACAAGUUGAGUAACCUGUUUUCAAAUGUUUCCAUAGCUCACUAUCUUUUAGACCAUUGAGGACAAUGUUCAUUUUAAAGUGUGGGGUGGAAUUGGGUAUUACAUGUUACUUAAUUAUGCUUGACAAAUGACAUAUUGUUAGUCAUUCAGUUUCAAAUUGUAAUCCAAAAUCACUAGUUAUGAUCUAUGUGAAAAAAAUUCAAAAAUUCAAAAGAUCUUUUCCAUCUAAUGACUUUUUAGUCAUCCCCUACAAGCUUUUCACUGCUCAUCUUACUUUGAAUCAAUGAGUCUAGGGAAUGUCAUUCAGUCUAUGGAGGAUAGUGUAAUGACUAUGAAGGAUGCGGUAGCCAAUGAGAUAUAAUGAUCAUUUGAUGCGUUUCAAUGCCAUAUUAUUUGAUCUAUUCAAAGAUUUCAGAUUAUGCAAAAGAGUCUCCUAUUUUCAAAGUUUUCAAAGGGUGAACUAUAUCUUUAGAAAAAUGGAAAAAUUUAUACCCAUCAAGAUAUUGUUUAAUUCAAAAAUUUGCCUUGCUGUGUGAAGAAUAAAGUGUGGGGUAAAACAAACGUGUGAGGCAUCUUUUAAUUGCACUAAAAUUGGGUUUUGGAAGAGAUAGUAUUUGAGGUUUAUUAGGGAAGUCCUACAAGGUGAUGCUAGUUAGGGAUGACAAUGGGUCAGGUUGGGUUGGGUUUUGCCAAACCCGAACCCAAACCGAUGGUUAUAUCCAUCGAAAAACCUCGGGGUAAAACCCAUUGGGUUUGAAAAACUCAAACUCAACCCAACCCGUUGGGUAUCCGCGGGUUUAUGGAUACCCACGUGUUAUGUGAUAAUAAAAAUGCACAAUAACAAGUUCCUACCAAAAUAAAAGUCAUCAUUCUUCCCAUACAAAUUAUCUUUAAAAAAAAUCAUUCUAAAGC